AUGAACGUCUUUAGUCUCUUCCGAUAUAUCCGCCCGAUUUCACCUCGUUCACCAUUCGCAUUACCAAUACGCACCUUUUCUAGUACAUCUAUUCAUCUAGCAAAGGCUCUCCCUCCCCGGCCAAAACCCCCACCUGAGUCCGAAAUCGAAGAAGCAUAUGUCAAAGGCAGCGGUCCUGGCGGGCAAAAGAUUAAUAAAACCAACUCUGCGGUUCAGCUUAAACACAUACCCACCGGUAUAGUUGUCAAGUCACAGGCAACCCGGUCAAGAGACCAGAAUCGAAAGCAUGCCCGGGAAUUGCUCGCCCAGCGUGUUGAUGAAUUUCACAAUGGUGACCAGAGUCGAUCCGCCAUCGUUGGUCGGGUAAAAGAAAAGAAAGCUGCCAGUGCCUCCAAAAAGAGUCGCAGAAAGUACAAGAAGCUCGAGGAGGAGAAAGCCGCGGCAGCAGCUGAACCCGAAGUGCCGAUAGAGGAUACAGGAAAUAGAACAAGGCCCGAUCCAAUACGGGAAUCCAUAGAGCCAAAAGAGAAAGAAACACGAAAGGAGUAG